GGAGAGACUUGGACACAGGGAGACCCUGGGAGAGAGACCUGGGGGUUAGAGAGAGAGAGGUCCCGGGGAUAGAGAGAAGGUUUGGAGGACCGAUCACUGAGGGUAUGAAGGCCGAUAAGAACCUGGUGCGGCUGGCGGUGGUGCAGCAGCUCAGGGCUUACGGGAUCAAAGUGAAAAACUGGAACAAGGCGAACAACAGCCGAGCGCUGGGCCGGGACCACAGCCGGGACAAGAAAACUGUGCCCAAUGUGGUGUUUGGUACAUCUCUGAAUGCACUGCCACAAUGCACUAUUCCCGAUCAUGGCACCAUUCCUCAGAUCCUAGUUGAUACCUGUAUCUACUUAGAACAACAUAUCCAUACAGAGGGUCUCUUUAGAAAAUCAGGAUCCGUGAUUCGUCUUAAAGCUUUGAAGGCUAAGGUGGACCAGGGUGUGAACUGCAUUAAUAUGGCGCCCCCUUGUGAUGUGGCCGGGCUUGUCAAAUGUUUUUUCAGGGAGUUACCUGAACCUGUACUGCCAACAGAACUACAUGAAGCCUUCAUUAAAUCACAGCAAUUACAAAACAACGAGAAAAUUUAUACCACAAUUCUUCUGUCCUGUUUGUUACCUGAAAAAAACGCAAAUACAUUGCAUUAUUUCUUGAGUUUUCUUAAAAAUGUGUCUCUCAGGUCAAAAGACAACAAAAUGGAUAGCAAAAACCUGGCUGUAGUAUUUGCACCCAACUUCUUCCAUUCAGGAGAUGGAGGUGACAAGGUAACAGCCUUGACAGAGAAGCGACUCCAACUUCAAGCUGCCGCUGUGCAUACACUCAUUGACAGCUUUCAAGAAAUUGGUCACGUUCCAGACAUUGUGUUAGAAAAGAUUCCAGCAAUGCUCGGUGUUGAUGUCGGAUCGAGCAGUUCAUCAUUGGACAACAUAGAAGAUGGAGAUGGACCAUUAACGGAGGGAUGCAAGAGACGAAGGAGGCGGAGUGUUGGGGACAUAGUUAGCGGAGCACUAAGUAAGCUUAAAGCAAACAGAACACCUUCUGGGACUCCUCAACCUGACACAUCGGAACGGUCUUCAGCAACUCCAAUAAUUAUGACUCCAACAUGUAAACGCAAAGUGCAAGUUGAUUCUUCACACAGCCUUGGAUUUUCAAACAAAAAACGACGAUCUCUAAGACAGAACCUGGGUUUCGAGCUGUUACCCAGUAGCAGCUUUCUUAGUCAGAAUUCUACACCUUCAUCAGAUGGGGUUAAGAAGGAUGGUGUUACUUCUAAGACACAAUUUAUUGAAAUGAGUCCUCAAGUGGCUUUGGAAUCCCUGAAAAGUUCUCUGUUCCUAUCUGAUGGAAGCAUUCAGUUUCAGGCAACUGCUUCACCUUCAGGAAAGAGGCGGAAAAGUAAAAGAUUGGAAAACAAAAAGAUUGAGAGGGUGGAGUCUGGGAAAGCUGGAUGCUUUUCUCCCAGAGUGAGUCGAAAAGAAAUCGUACGCAAGUCUUUGCGUUUAAGGUUUGGCCUUGGAAAAAUCAGAGAUACGAAUAUGUUCUCUUCUGGCUGUUCAGCGCCAAAAAGAUCAGAAAAUAUUGGCUGGCGACUUGCAAAUCAGCACGAGGCUGAUGACUCCAUUCGGUUCCCAGUGGAAGAUCUAGCAUUCAGUCCAGUUGCAAGGUACAGAAACACAAGAUAUUCAAAGCAUGUUAGUAAAUCGGAAGAAAACCUUCUCACUCCGGCAUUUGAUAAGGACACGCAUCGAAUGUCUUGGAAUGAUGCCAGUCCGAUAGGGCCUAAUGUAUUUUGUGAUCAUGUUGAUAUGGGAGCGCCUUUAGAGGGGUAUCUAAAUUCCAGAAGCUAUCAAUCAGAACCUUUUCUAGUCACUGUAAAGCCACCGACUAUACCUGAGGAAGUGAGUAGCCAAAGCUUAGCUAAGAGCAAAGACUGUUUAGAUGAGGCUGGGAACAUUGUGGCAGGAGAGACUGUGUUGAAAAUUAAGAAGGCAUUUUCAGAAUCGGGGAGCAAUCUUUGUUCUCUGAUUGAAGACAGUGGACCUAUUGUGGACGAUUUAUCCAAAGACAAACUAUUCUUGGAGAACCAAAGUUUCACUCCUCUGAAAUCUACCAGAUCAUUUGAAGAUUUGUUCGAUCGGAAAUGGUCUUGCUCUGAAUUUUCAUCAAAACCGGUAGCUGAAAUAAAGUGUCAAGGCGCCAAACUAUAUCAGUGCGCAGCAGAUGUAAGCAAAACUUAUGAUAUAAAUAACCAAAAUUGCAUUAAUAAUGUGGACCAGCAGAAUAUCAAUGAAGUUGUGGUACUGCAAGAAAAAGAACUGGACCUUCCAUCUUCAGCUGAGGAUGAGACAAAUUUAAAAGACAAACAAACACCUUUGAAGUGUGCCAUAGUACCUUUAUUAAACAAAACAGAACCUCCAACUCCUAUAGGUAAAACUAAUCAGGAGUCAUCAAAUUUUGAACAAAAUGAAAAUGCCAGCACUCUUGUAGAGAAUCUAACCCCACCAAAAUCUCUAGAUACAGAUGUUAAUCAUACCUUUGAAUUGCACCAGCCCCUGCUCUUAACUCGCGAAUUAGAGCCUACUUUAAAUCAGAAAACUGAUGUAAGUUCACUAUCUGGAGGUUUAGAAUCCCCUUCAAUUGCAGCUCCAUUGAAUGUUCCUUCAGCAAAGAUUUUGCCAAAUCCUGAUGGAGAGACUGAAUAUGCCCAUCAAUUAAAAGUGGUUGAGCACAUUCAACGGUUUAAUACUCUUUCGUUAAAUGAUCAGACACCAAAACACACAUGUGUUAAAUUGCCUUUAACUUUUAAGCGCACUUCAGUUCGUCAGUCUGUUAAAAGGAUGAAUUCAUUGUGUGUUAAAUCAACAACAAAUACAACCAGAUCAUGUAAACAUGUUGCUGACUCUCCAGUAGUAAAAUCAGUAAGCCAUGAAAGUCUUUUCUCACCUUGCGCAGAAUCAAGCUUAAAACAUAUCCCGGAUUCAGUUACAAACACAAAAAUGAUGAGUAUGAAGCCAAAUGAAAAAAGAAAUGUGCACAAAAGUAGUUUGUUUAUUGAAGGUUUUUGCCAAACUAAAUCAGCAAAUGAUGCAGGAUGUUCUGCUGCGUUUAAGAGCUGCCAGCAGAGCACCAAACAGUCAGUUUUUGAAGAUUUGACAAACCGGAAAGUAUCUCUAAAGCAAGAUGUCAUUGUUGAGAAAAUGCUGUGUAUAACUCCAGAAAAAACCCUGCCUCAUCACUUGCUGAGCAGAAUCUCUGAAAAAGAAAAAAUCCGUUACAAAGGUUCACCAAAAUAUCCUAUAUCAGCUAAACUUCUAGCAGCUAAAGAAUCAAUAAAUCUGUAAAUGUGUGAAAUGUAUUCUCUGGUCAUUCUGCAUUGCUGCUGUUGAUGCAUUUAAUUGCACAAGUUGGGCUCCUAAUAUUAGCUUCAACAUGUAAUUUAUCAGGUUACAAUUACUUGGGAUGCUGGAAUUUUUUAUAGCAAUUGAAAUUGUUUUCUAUUAUUACAAUAAAUGUGUUUUUGUACUUUUCAGUAUUUGCUAUGUGUAUGUAUUUUCCAUUGGUUAUAUAGUAGUUUAUCUAAGCUGCAACCAUUGCCUUGUUUCAAUCCUAUUGGUUAAUUAAUAGCAGCCAUUUUAUCAUUUUUUAGAUGUAGUUCUUACAAUGCGCAUAACCAUUUAAUAGCGAGCUAGUUCCACAAAAAGUUUCACUAAUGUGAACUAACAUUUGCUGGAAAUUUAAACUUCUUUGGAGCCUCUGGCACUUUAAAAAUAAUAAAUCAUUGUAAAACAUUGCUCGUCGAUCAGGUCUGAAAUAAUAGCAAGCAUUCGCAACUAAAUUUUCCUGUCUCGCUCAUUCUAUUUAAAAAUGUUUUGCAUCAGACACUGAGAAAUCUUUUCACCUCCAGUCUUGGUCAGCAGUUUUCUGCUUUGUUUUGUAACCUAUAUUCUUAAGCAACAUACACUGUAUUUUAUUGUAGAUUUUUAAUUUUAAAUGAGCAGGCAUAUUAGUGCUGAAUUAUAACUGACCGGUUGUAUGGUAAUUCAGGUUGUAAUCCAGAACUGGUAACAUUGCUUUGCCAUUUGGGAAAAUACUGUUCAUGUACAAGUUAUCUUUAUGUUUUACCUUUUAAAAUACCAUUGUUUGCUUUAUUUUAUUUACUGUAAUGUUUCCAGUGCUAUCAUUGUACUUUAAUUUAAGAGCAAGAAUGCAAACUGCAAAAAAAUAUUCAAAUCAGUCUGAACUUGUUUUGAGCAUAUGGAUAAAUGUUUACAGCACUCAGUAAUUUAUAUGAGCUGAGCAGAAUUUGAAAGUUGGAAUAAAACUGAUUUUGCAUUCUCUUCUG